UGCUCAUUCUAAGAUGAAGUUAUGGAAGUGUGCCACCAUCGCCUUGACUCUUUGUGGUACAGCACUGUCCUUCUUCCUCACUAGAAUCAUGGUUCCCACGCCGCCGCAUCACUUCCCCUCCUGGGACUCGUCUUCGCCGCGGACAUCAGACUCCGCCUCCGCCUCCACCUCCAACUCUUCUUCCUCCCUGAUCAGACCUCAUCGCAAAGCACGGUCGACAGACGGCAUCAGCAACAUUUUGACAGAAUUCAUGCACAUGUUCCAGAGCUUUACAGAGGGUGAGCUGAAGAAGGUGAUCGGGACUCUGGUGGAGAAGAAGGCACAGCAGGAGGCCAGGCAGGAAGCUAGGCAGAGCAAAAGGACUAAACGGGCUAAGAAAGCAUCAAAGCCAUGUUCCCUGCGGGAAGUGGAAGUGACUGUCAGUGAGCUGGGUCUGGGCUACUACAGCGACGAAACGCUGCUCUUCAGGUACUGUAGCGGGAACUGUAAUGCUAGCCGCCGAAACUACGACCUCAUACUGGAAAAAUGGAUGAGGAAAGGCAUCUCAAAGAGGGAGAGGAGCCCCUGUUGCCGGCCCAAGGAGUACGAUGACAUUUCCUUCUUGGACAACAGUAACAGAUACCAGACGCUCCACGAGUUUUCUGCUCUAGCGUGCGGUUGUGUAUAACACCUCGAUGGUGGCCAUUUUGACUUUCCAGAUACUGUAUCGAACAUGGGAAACGCAACAACUACUGCUACAAAAACAAAAACAGGAGUACACAAGAAUUGAUCCCUACAGUAUGACGCCAGGGAAUACGGACAUUUGAAACUACCAUCUAUUCUACCAUCUGUUCAUUCAUGUUGUUUGUUUAGCUUUCUUUGCCUUUCAUGGGAUAUUUCACUGUUGGUUUAUACAUUGUAUAUCCUAGGAUUAUACAUUUGUCAUCAUGGGGCAAUCACAGUUAAAGCAACGAUUUGUUGCUUGAUUGUGGACUAUGUAGCAAUGCCUUCACUACCAAUACAGAAGACCAGCUAAGGUAUAACUAGUGCAUUGUACACUGCAAGUCUGUUCUUAUACUACACUUGUAAGAGGCCUGGUUUAUUUUUUCAGGAAUUAGAGUGUAGAAGUGUGUACAUGGAAAAUAGUAGAAUAAUAUAGGGAAUGCCAAGGACGACAUGUACAGUAUACAAAAGGAUGAAACCGUCCUGAAGCUACCACAGUGUGCUUCUCCACAACUUCUUGAUCUGCACCAUUGAUAACGCAUGAGGUAUCACUAAGGCAAGUCCAAUGGAGCAGCAACAGCAGUACUAGGAAAGACUAGAGGCUUGGAGAAACAUGUAUAGCAGGAUUCACCCAUUAUAUUAUGUGUAUAGGCACUCCUUCAUAUCACAGGUAAUGAACUGAAUCAUGACAUUUCUAGCCUUCAUCAGUAACUAUGAGAAUCUACCUCAUUUAUGUUGAACAAUAAUGGACAACAUCCGAUAUAAAAACACACAUACAUGUUCUUCAACAGCUUCCUCUGUAUUCAUCACUAGGACCAGACUAAAAUUAGAUAUUUUUGUAAUAAAUAAUGGCCUAUAUUGGCAUAUGAAGCUGUAGGGUAAAACAAAAAAAAAGAACUAGCCCACAGCCACAUGCCUGUUCCAUGCAUGCUAAAUAGAGACUUUAUGGGUGAUUUAGGCUUAAUGACAGCAGCUUGUUAAUCAAAUGGAAUGGUUAUAGCUGUAUAAAUAAGCCAGUUCCCAGAAAGAACAAUCCAGCAGAAAAACAAUGUGCUAUCAAAAAUCCCUAUCCUUCUACAGCAAGAUCACUAUGAGCGCAUGAAAUAUAACUUAAAUGGUAAUACAGCAAUGCAGUCUUGUUUGAUCAUCUAGACAGAGUGGUGCAUUAAAUGGGUGACUGCUGCAUUCUAGAUGUGACUGCGAGGGAUUGUGCUUCAGUUUUACCAUGAAAUAGCCUCUGCAAAUCCCGCAAUAGACUAGCUUAAUCCACUUACCUCCUUUAUAACUGACUUGUCCAAAAGCACUGAGAAAGAGAGAGAAAUACAAGCCACCAUGCAGCAUUGCUAUUGUUUUUGUCACUAGAACACUGGAGAUGUAAAGGACUAGCCAUUGGUUUUAACCACACAUGUAAUAGAAAUGUUACCAGAACAGGUUUGAGCAGCAAUACGUGUUGAUAUGUGUUUCAUCAAACAGAGUUAUUGUCUGAAAACAAAAUGGAAAUCAUUCAUUAGAUUAAUUGUGGCCAAAUAUAUUUAUAAUAAGAUUAAAAUAACACACCUUAGAAAAGUUCAAGAGCAAUUCAAAAAAAUGAACUCGAAUGACAUGAGUUCAGAAAAAAUCUCUCAAUCUUGAAAACUGUAAACAAAUUAUUAUAGACUGAGUGCUAUAUCGAAAUUAUAGAUUUUACCUGAGCAUCUACAGUGUAGUGUGAGGUACAGUUAGGUUUAAAUGGAAUAGUCUGAAGCCAGUGGGAGUACCUCUUCAAGAGCCACUGAACACGCUGAUUGGCAAGUGUGUUUUUCUGUUUCUCAACGAGAUUUCAGUCUGUGUUUUCUCGGUGUUCAGUGGUGAAUUGGUGUUUUCUGAUGGAUUCUGCAUUUGUUUAAUGAUGUUUGUCCCCCAUGAGAGACUGUAGACAGGAGCACCUAUUAUACUUCCUCAAAAUCCCCAGGAUGUAUCUAAGAUAACUCAAGAAAUCUGUACUUAAUUUUGACGUUUUUGUCGAGGAUAUUUUAGUUGUGCAAUUUAACUAAGUGUGUUUGGUGCAGUAUUUCUCAAGUAAAAGAAAUGUGUGACGUGUUGUCUUAUGCAAACAAAGUCGGAGCUGCUGGGCAGGUCUGUCUCACUGUCUAUGCUAUUGGAUAGAGAGCAAUCACCGCAGCUGUUCACCCCAUGUUAGUGGGCAAAUGGACAUCGUCAAAUCAAAAUCCGACCUUCAUUUACCCGUUUUAGACGAGACUGACUUCAUGACCAAAAUUACCCUAUUUACACUUUGUAGUCAAUUUUGACAGUAGAAUAACUGUUUCUGACUCAUAUCGAUGCAACAUAGGCCAUUUUCAAAGGGAUUCGUUGCUUUUGAAAGGCAAUCGCUCUUUAAGUUACGAUCAAUCAAAUAAUUAGAGCAGACAGGUAAUUAAAGGCCCAUGCUGGCGUUAAACCAAGAAAACAGGCCUGUCCAGCCAGGGACCAAAAUAGCCUCAUGUCUAAAUGUGCUUAAAAACCAAAGGAUUCCACACUCUCUGAACAAUCAGUACACAGACAGUCGCUAUACAGGUUAGCUGUAGCUGCUGCUAGUGAGAGGAUAAUUAUGCCUAGAGCUCUUCAAGCUUGAGGUGACAUGAUGCUAUAUAGUCAGAACCAUUACUAGGUUUGUGCACUAAAAUGAACUGGCUUUUGAAGCCACCUUGCAUGUAUAGAAAUGAGCAUAUCUCUGGCAUGUUACAAAUACUCCACGUUGUUGAGGACAUCUCAAUCAAAUAAGGCUUUUUUUUAAGGACUAAUAAGAUAUGCAAUUUAGUUUUGCCUGUUCAAAUGGUUGACAAUUUAAGAGAAAAGAGCAACUAGAAAACAAAUUGCUGUCUUAAUGUUGAUGAUAUGUAUUUGUCAUUAUAUAUUUUCAUAACCCCUAUAUUUGCCAUCACAAUUUACUAAGACUACGCAGCGUUAAAAUAUGUCUAUGGGUUGAAAUUCCCUCAGGAUUCCUUUGUUUCCUCUCUUGGCCUACCUAGAAUGCUCUCUCAAAAUAAGAAGAGAAUGUUUGGGAAAUGACAAACAACAACCUACAGCUCUGGCAUUGUUGGACUAUGUUGACCAACUGCAGUAAAGUUGAUGCAAUGCAUCUGUAUUAAAGAUAAUGUAUAUUUAUUGGAGCUUAAGUUAUGGUUAUUUAUUUAGAUAGCAUCAUAGAAAAAGAGGAACAUGUUUAUUUAUUGAACUAUUGGUGCCAAA